GACGUCAUCUCCCCGAGCCGGAUUGGCCCCGAAACAGUGCGGGGCCUGGAGCGCUGGGUGGGCGCGUUCAGCGGCCUUAGCGGCCGAGGGUGGAGAAGCGGUUACGCCCCUUCCCCGCGUCUUGGCGGGAGCUUGACGCCCCGCUUCUUCCCUAACGGGGUGUCCCACCGGCGCCCGCCGGGGCCUAGGCCUCCGUAGCCGCCUUCCGUCUCCUCAGCUCCGACGCUGCGCCCUGGGCCUUGUGCGCAUUUUUUUUCGGGGAAACUGAGGCUCGGAGUGCGAAAGUCAGCCGAGGUAGACCCGCCCAGGACGGACCAGGGCUGUGGUCGGCUGAUCCGCGGCAUUCUUGGGAUGGCGGCGGCGUGGAUGGCUCCGACGCAGGAGUCUGUGACCUUCGAGGAUGUGGCUGUGACAUUCACCCAGGAGGAGUGGGGGCAGUUGGAUGUGACCCAGAGGGCCUUGUACGUGGAGGUGAUGCUGGAGACCUGUGGGCUUCUGGUUGCACUGGGUGAUAGCACAAAACCUGAGACCUUAGAGCCUAUCCCUUCUCACUCGGCCUUGCCUGAGGAAGUCUCACUCCAAGAACAGCUGGCACAGGGAGUCCCAGGAUACUCCCAGUGGGGGCAGGCCAUGGAUCAGGAUGGGCCAUCUGAAAUGCAGGAAGACUUCUGGAGACCAGGGACAGACCCACAGAGUGAGAACCUCCACGGGGAAUUGAGCCUUGAACAUGAAGGUUUGGCGACAGCUGAUGGUACGUGUUCAAUGAUUCUACAGAAACAAGUCUCACCAGUAGAUGCUCUCUAUGGAUUUGAGUCAUAUGGACCAGUUACAGAUUCCUUGAUUCAUGAAGGGGAAAAUUCCUAUAAAUUUGAGGAAGUGUUUAAUCAGAAUUGCUUCCUUGUUCAGCAUGAGCAGAUUCACACUCAAGUGAAGCCCUACGAUUGCCCAGAAUGUGGGAAAGCCUUCGGGAAGACCAAACACCUCCUUCAGCAUCACAUCAUCCAUACUGGGGAGAAGCCCUAUAAAUGCAUGGAGUGUGGGAAAGACUUCAACCGCAGGUCACACCUCACACGACACCAGCGGACUCACAAUGGAGAUAAGCCUUUUGUGUGCAGUGAUUGCGGAAGGACCUUCAACCGCGGGUCACACCUUACACGGCACCAGCGGGUUCACAGUGGAGAGAAACCUUUUGUGUGCAAUGAAUGUGGAAAGGCCUUUACCUACCGCUCCAAUUUUGUCUUGCAUAACAAAAGCCACUAUGAGAAAAGACCCUUCACAUGCAGUGAAUGUGGAAAAGGCUUUUAUGAGAGUACAGCCCUCCUUCAACACUUCUUUAUCCAUACCGGGGAGAAGCCCUUUAAGUGCCUUGAGUGUGGGAAGGCCUUCAAUUGCAGGUCACACCUCAAGCAGCACGAGCGGAUUCACACUGGGGAGAAGCCCUUUGUGUGCAGUCAAUGUGGAAAGGCUUUCACUCACUAUUCCACCUAUGUCUUGCAUGAAAGAGCCCACACUGGAGAAAAACCUUUUCAGUGCAAAGAAUGUGGGAAAGCCUUUAGCAUUCGAAAAGACCUCAUUCGACACUUCAACAUCCACACUGGAGAGAAGCCCUACGAGUGUUUACAGUGUGGAAAGGCUUUUACCCGCAUGUCAGGGCUCACAAGGCACCAGUGGAUUCAUACUGGAGAGAAGCCCUAUGUAUGCAUCCAAUGUGGGAAAGCGUUUUGUCGGACCACAAACCUCAUUCGACACUUCAGCAUCCACACUGGAGAGAAGCCCUAUGAGUGUGUGGAGUGUGGGAAGGCCUUCAACCGCAGGUCACCCCUCACAAGGCACCAGCGGAUUCACACUGCAGAGAAGUCCCAUGAUCACAUCCAGAGUGGGAACGUUUCUUGCCAGAGCACAGAUCUCAUUCAACAGUCCAUGAUCCACACUGAGAGUAGCCCAGUGAGUGCAGUGGAUGUGGAAACACCUUCGAUGGCCGCUCAUUCCUCCUCACUUGACAUCAAUGGAUUCAUGCUGGAAGAAACCCUACCAUUGUAACAGAUGUGGGAAGACUUUUUACACACACUUCAGUCAACAUCCAAGAAUUCCUGUUAGGGAAAGAGGUUUUAAUAUAACCACUGAAGAAAAUCUGUGGUGAGAGGAAACGUCUUACCAUCUGGUCAUUCAUAGUGAAGAGAAACUCAAUAAGCAUCAUCUCUGUGGGAAAACCUGUUUUAGAUGAUCAUUUGUCACCUAAACAAUUAUGUUAGAAAUUGACACAAUCAAGAGUCUUAUUCUACACUUGAUAAUUCACCCAUGAGAGAGACCCAAUGGUUAUUGUGCACUUAAGAAAACCUUCAGCCACAUCUUUCUUGUUAGUUUACAGUGAAAUGUUAUCUCAGGGACAUUCAAACAAAGGAGGAGGAGACAUAGGGAAGAGAAAGAAAUGGAAGCACAGCUUCUUUCAGACUUCCCUGACAGGCCCAUGGCAAUUUGUCAUCCCCUCCUUAUUUUAUUUGGGAGAGGGAAAUGUUUCAGAAACAAAAGGGCCUCAUCCCCUUUAUUUUCCCUGUGUAUACAUUCACUGCUGUCCAGCGUCAGGACAGUUAGACAGAUGGUUUGUUUGAAAACAUUUUGUGAAAGCCUACUUUGUUCCACAGCAUUGUUUCCAAUCUUGAGGAGCAGAAGCAUAUAUCUUUAUGAGAAAGAUGGAGGCUCGAGUUAUGAAAUACUUUUACAUUUAAGGAGAUAAGGAUGUACAAUGAAUGGGCACAUUUUACUGCAUACUUAAGAUGCUUUGAUGUUUUUUAAAAAAAUGUUUCUCCAUGUGUCUUUAACCAUCCAGUACACAUACUGUUUUCUUGAUCUGUAUCAACUUUCUUUUUCUUCAUUUUUCUGUGGGAUGGAGAUGAAAUUGUAGUUGUUUGUAUAUAAUGUAAUCCUGCGGUGGGGGGGUCCUGAAUUCCCUCUGAUUGUGGUUUCUCAGCUUCUUUACUCCUUUGGAGAGAGUAAAGAGUUCAGAGUUCACCUCAGCAGUUUUUUAGAGGUCAAUUUGGAACUAAAAAUGAAAUCAAACGUGUAGCUAAAUUAAGCUAAGGAUUAUGAUAAACUCAAAAUAAACACAGAGAAGGAAUCUCAUUUUCAAUCUUACAGAAGAUUGUGUGAAGGCUGACUAUAAAGUGACUGGAAUUUCAGCAGGUAAACCUGCAUGUGUAUAUGCAGGUAGUGGUCACCAUAGAUUUAGUCCAGUCAUCAUAAUAUGUUUUAUGAGAAUAUAUUGGAAUUUCUCUUUUGGUAUUCUUUUUGUUUAUUAUUGUUAAUUGACAUGUAAUGUAGAGUUCAACAUGAUAUUUCAAUACAUGUGUGCAAAGAGUAAAGAUCAAAUCAGGGUUAUUAGCAUAUCCAUCUCCUCAAGCAUUUAUCAUUUCUUUGUGUUUAGAAACAUUCACAAUCUGCUCUUCUAGGUAUUUGAAAAUAUAAACUGACUGUUGCCAAUUGUACUCAUCCCAUAGUGCCACAGAACACUAGAACUUAUUCAGAUGGAAUUUGACUUGCUGUAAUCUUAUAUUUGUUAACCAAUCUCUAUCUGCCUCCCUGCUAUCCUUCCUAGCCUCUGGUAACCACCAUUCUACUCAACUUUUUAUGCUUCCAUAUAAGUAGAAACAUUUAGUAUUUCUCUUUCUGUGCCUAACUUAAUGUCUUUAAAGCUCAUUCAUGUUGCUGUGAAUGACAGGUUUAUUUUUUAUGGCUGAGUAGUAUUCCACUGUGUAUAUAUGCCAUGUUUUCUUUCUUCAUUCAUCUGUUAAUGGACACUUAGAUUAAUUUCUUAGCUAUUAUGAAUAGUGUUUCAAUAAACAUAGGAGUGUAGACCUUUGA